AUGCCAACCUACACCUGUACAUGCAGCGCAGGCCGCCUCUCCCCCACCGAGAAACAAUCCAUCGUCAACAGCAUCACCAAAGUCCACUCCGAAGAAGGUGGCAACGUCCCCCAAUACCUCGUCCAAGUCGUCUUCAACGAACUCGCUCCCGGAAACCACUUCAUCAACAAGCGUCUUGUACCCAAGGACCAACUCUGGGUGAACGGUUUGAUCCGGGCGGGCAGAAGUGACGCCCAGAAGACCGCCAUGGUGAAGCGCAUCAUGAGCGAAUGUUCAGAGGCUAUGGGAGUCGAUCCGAGUUUCGUGUGGGCUUACAUCUGUGAUGCCGAGAAGACGGCCGAGUUUGGCAGUGUGUUGCCGGAGCCGGGGCAGGAGAAGGCGUGGGUGGAGGCGAUUCCCAAGGAGGUCAGAGAUCGGUAUGGGUUGUAUUGA